AUGGACUACACCGUCGAGACAGCUAUAACUGAAGCUUUGAAACAUCUCAAGAAUAUUGAGGAUCAUCUUCGGAUCCAUCACCAGUCCACCGCCGCAAACGAAAUCGGCAAGUUGAGCGCCAAGAUUGGUCAGGCAGUUAAGGAGGUCCUGCUCCAUUUCCCGCAGUGUGCCAACGUCAUUGAUCUCAAGCAUACCAACGGAUCGACGGCCGACCAUGCCUACCCUCACCACGACGUCAAGCAAAAUGCCAGCGGCGGUCAUUAUGCUAUGACCAGCCAUGGCAGCCCCAUGUUGCAGAAAGUGUGGCAAGCGCUUGAAAACGAAGUGCGGAAAGAGCAGAAUAAGCUUGUCAAUAAGCCUGCUCACUUCGAAGGUCUCUCGCUCCAGACCCUUCUGGCAACCCCUAUGCCCGCUGUCCAGCCUCACAGCUAUGCUCAGGUCGCCGGCUCCAUUACUUGCCCGCGGCGCGAAGUGCCCCAGUUAUUGUCACCAAAAUCGAUGACUUCGUUUUCUGGCUCAAAGGUGGGCCAGAACAGCGAUGAUAGCGGAUCCAUUGGUGACCUUAUGACCUUUUCCGCUAGUCCAACCUCAGAGCCUCCUGAGGAGAAAGCAGGAAUCAUCCUUGUUCAUGGAAAGAUGAACGCGCAGAUGGAUGUGUCUUCCCUUAGAAAUAUUACAUCUCAUAUCAAAGAGGGACCCUUGCAGGAGGUCCUCGUUGAAGCUCAUAAUAGAGCUCGUAUCGUCUUCCAGCACUUCUCGCAUGCGAGUGCGUUUUAUCAAGAUGACCAGGAGUCGAUAGGUAGGGAUGGCAUUGGACGUCUUGGAAAAGACUACCGUGUUGAGUUGGCUGAGAUUGUCCCUUGGAACGAUAACCAUCGUUUGAUGAAUCAGCCGAUCAGAGAGCGUCGACGUCUCUCCUUCGCUAGAAAGGGACUCUUUUCCCACCCUCGCAACCCCAUCCCUGGUACCCUGACUCGUGAAGUAUGGGAUCGGGAUAUGCGCUCCAUUGCUGGCCCCGGUAACACCGUGCGCCUUUUUGUUUUCAACUACGGCAAUGCGACCGCCAUAUUCACGAGCACGGUUGUUGCUCGUAAAGUUUUGGAAACCGUCAAUGAAUGGGAAAAGACCAGAACCACCUACCGCGGUGUUUCAGUUUCCUACUCGUCUGAUCCGUGCGAGAAAGAGCUCAAUUUGACCAAAAAUAAGUGCAUCCUUGAUCGUGAUCUUGAUCGUGAUCGCAACUUUAAUCGCAACUUUCAGGGCGGUCGCCCCAACAUCUUUCGUGGCAAUACUAGGUACAUGCCGCCUCGACGCCGUUGA